AGGACAUGGAUGAACAAAGAGCAGAACUACUAUCAGUCAGUCCACACUGAUUUUCUCAUCAGUGAUUUGAUUGUGAGGAUGGAACUCACUCUGCUCUGUAAACUGGAGUUCAUCUUAGUGCUGUAUUCACUCCUCCACAGAGGACACACUCAAGAUGCUGAGUUGACUAUUGAACCCCAAUGGUCAACUUUUUAUAUUGGAGAAUCUGUGACCUUCAAAUGUGACAUGAAGGAAGGAAGAGCAGAAGACUGGACAUACACAUUGAAGAGACGUGAUUGGACAGUUUAUUCUAAUGACCCACGACAACAUUUAUUAUUAUACCCUCUGGAUAAAGAUCACAGUGGUGUUUAUCUGUGCUGUGGACACAGGAAGAGUUCAGAUUAUACAAAGUGCAGCAACAGAGUCUCUAUACAUGUAUCAGACAGAUUCAGAUCCAGACUGACAGCAGGAACAACAACUGUGUCAGUAGGAGACAGAGUGACACUGAGCUGCUCUGUGGAGAAAUCUGCUGGUUGGAAAUAUGAGUGGUUCAGAAGAACCUCACACACCUCUGAAUACAGAAUCAAUGAUGGAGAAAAUGGAAACAUCAGAGUCUCACAAGGAGGAAUCUACAGAUGCAGAGGAUUUAGAGGAGAAUCAAUGAUCUACUCUGAUACAAGUGAUGAAGUCACAAUCAGCAUAACCUUUCCCAACAAAGUGAGUGUGACCCAAAAACCCAGCUGGUCUCAGAUGUUCAGAGGAGAGACGAUCACUCUGACAUGUGAGGUUCAGGGAGGUGAAGGAGUUCAGUGGGAGUAUGAAUGGAGAACACCUCAGUCACAGACAUUCAGGACAAACAGGAAAGACUGGACAUUCACAGCUUCCAUCAGUGGAGACUACAGCUGUAAGAGCAGACCCACAGAUGAUUCCUAUUCUGGAACAAAGUGGAGUGAAGCUGUCAGAGUAUCUGUUUCAGAUAAGCCAAAGGCUCAGCUAAAUAGAAAUGGAGAAACUCUGAGCUGUUCUGUGAAUCCAUCAUCAUCUGGUUGGAGUUAUUCUUUUUACAGAGGAGAGAAAAACGAUGAACUGCUGACAGUGAAAAAUACUGAUUAUCAUCUGAAUAGAGAAAUUAAAGAUUCUCAGGGAGGAGUUUACAGAUGCAGAGGAGGAAGAGGAGAACCAGUUUAUUACACAGAGUUCAGUGAUCCAAUCAUUGUUGAAGGUGAGUUUCUUUGUGUUUUUUUGAUUCUUUAUUGAAAUAAUCAGCAGGAAAACUUCCAGACCUUUAAGAAGUUCAGACAUUCACAUUUAUUAGUCAUAGAAGUCACUCCCUGUUCAUCUGAGGAGCUUCUUCAGUUCUGACUGCUGGUGAGGAAGUUCAGUUUAUUUCUGUUCUGAACUUCUUCAAGUUUUGACCCAAAAGUUAAACAACUAAAUAUCAUAAGAUCAGAUGUAAACGUCAAAGAUCCAGUUUGGAUCAGGA